CUGAAGUCAGCUUAGACGGCACCAUAGAUAUAAAUAUAUUAAGGAGCAUCUAUCAAAGCCUAGUUUGGAUGGGGUGUUCUUUCAGCAAACAACGGCAGAGGCUUAUUGGGCAUCAUAAACAGGAAGAAGACCCAGCAGCAGUUCUUGCUGUCCAAACCUGCUUUGAUAUUUGUGAUAUUGAAGCACUGUAUGAGCUGUUCAAGAAAUUAAGUAGCUCCAUAGUUGAUGACGGCCUCAUCAGCAAAGAGGAAUUUCAACUUGGCUUAUUUGGUAACAGCAAGAAACGAAACCUUUUUGCCGAUAGGAUAUUUGAUUUAUUUGAUUCGGGAAAGGAUGGGGUGAUAGAGUUUGGAGAGUUUGUUAGAGGACUCAGCGUGUUCCAUCCUGCAGCGCCCCAACCACAAAAAGCAGCUUUUGCAUUUCGGCUCCACGAUAUACGGCAAAGUGGCUUUAUUGAACGCGACGAGGUAGGGAAUAAUAAGGUGCUGUUUUGUGAAAAUAUCUUCAUUGAGAAGAUGAUAUUGCGAACGGUAAGAGAGAUGAUUGUGGCACUACUAAGCGAGUCCCAAUUGGUGUUUUCUGAUGACAUAAUUCAGCUCAUAAUCGAUAAGGCUUUUCAAGAAGCAGAUCUCAAAGGAGAUGGUAAAAUUGAUCCAGACGAGUGGCAACAAUUUGUGGCUCGAAAUCCAUCUUUAUUGAGGAAUAUGACAAUUCCACAUUUGAAGGACCUUAAUAAGGAGUUUCGUAAUUUUGAAUUAAGUCCAGACUUUAUUGAAGAUGAUAUAAGAAACCUCUGAGAAUCUUUUGAGUACAGACUACGUACCUCAGAACAAGGAAGAAUAGUUUUUGCAGUCUCAGCAAUAUAAUGAGAGAGAUAAGUGUCCAGUAACGUUAUUAACACAGAAGUCAAUGAAGAGGAGACCAUUCUUAGAAGCUGUAGCAAAGUAGCAUGAGACUAUUUCAGAACUAAAUGUGACAUAAUAGAAGUCUUAGAUUAAUCAAAAGCACUAGUGGGUAAAGGUGGGAACUCCCGUUACAAUAGAAACAAAACUUGUACUAAAGAGAAACAACUUGUGAGGUUCACCAUCAACCUAAACUUCUUUUUUAUUCAUUGAAUAAAAGUUUUACCUGCCUUAGAUUAAAAUAAAAAAAAUUAAGACUAUGAAAUGGGUCAGCCUGACCUACUUUAGGUUAGUCCGUUUUAGUCCACAAGUUAAACAGGAGGACCCGUUUAAAUUUUACUACAAAAAAUUUUAAAAUAAUAACCAAUUUUAAUGACAGAAAAUAUUUGUUAAUAACGAUUAAUUUAGUGACGGAUAUGGAAUUUGAAGAGACCAAAAAAUAUUAGUCGCUAAAUUACAAUCAGUGACCAAUUUUAGUGACAAAAAAAUUUGGUCAUUAAUAGUGACUAAUUUAGCAAUCAAUAAAAUUUUUAUAUGAAAAAUAUAAAAUUAGUCAUUAAAAUCUAUCGUUAUUUUUUAAUUUAAUAUCGAAUUAACAACUAAAAUGAAAAAGUAACACUUGAAAUUAUUGGUCACAAAAUUAAUCGUUAUUUUUUAAUUUAGCAACCGAUUUUGCAACUAAUAAAUAAACUGAAAAAGAUUAAUCUUGAUUGCUAAGUUCGUGGUCCCUAAAUCAAUUCCUAAUAAUUAAGAUAGCAAUCGAUCGGCCACCAUAUAAUAAUGUUAUAACUAAUCAGUCGCUAAAUCGGGUUGCUUAUUUACUCAAUUACUUUACCCUCACUAACCCUAACUCACUCUCACCGGUCACCAUUCUCACCUUCUCAAACAGUUACUGAGUUGCAUUUCUCCCUCUCAGUCUUCGUCUUCUCCAUUCUCGAUGCUGUCACCAUCGUCUUCUGGACUCCCAGCCAUCAUCGUCGUCUUCUCCAGCCUCGGCGUCGUCACCGUUGUCUUCUGAACUCAACAUCUCGCGGUGCUUUCUAUCGCUUCUACAGCGACAAAGGUAGGAUUCUCAGCAAAGAGGAGCAGGCCAAAAGAGAACACCUAUAUCAAGAAACGGGAGAGAGAGAGAGGUCGGAGAAACAAAAGCAGCAAGCUGAGAAGAAAAAAGCAGAGAUGGACAAAAACGCUUCUGACAAGGUACUCUAUUCCCUAAUCCAAAUUCUGAUCCAUUCUGUUAGGACUUUUUCACCAUAUCUAUUUUGGAAUCUUCUCCAACACAAAUAUGCUAAUUAGAUUUUCUCACUAGAAGAACACACGAGCCUGCGAAAAUGACUUACGAGAUUACUAGCUGUAAUAGAUGAGCUUGAAGCAUUGUGACCUGAAUUUAAACUCCUUGGGAACAAAUUAAACCAUUGGAGGUAAAUCCUACCUAUAAUAACUGUAAUAUUAUUCUACUCUCUUGCUCCUUGGGGCUAUUGCUUCUUUGCUAUGCUCUUUCUUGUUUGUGGUUUUGUUAGGAGAAACCUUGAAGGCAUGCUUACAAUUUCAUGGUCCUAGUGUAACUUUUUAUCAGGACUCUUCUGGUUUUAAUUCUAUUCUUUUUGAAAGCUUUAAUUUGAGAAUCUUAGAUGCUUCUUUGCUUCAUCAGGGGUUUAUUACCCUUCUGAAAAAAUCAACUAUGGUAUAAUUAUUGUUAGUGUAUAUAUUAGUAUGUGGCUUCAUAAUUUGUCCCUUGUUAGAUCUUGUUAUUUUGUUAUCAUGAUAGUUAUAUUGAGAGAAUUAAGACAUCUCUAGAUAAAUAAAUAGAAAGAAAAAGAAAAGAUAUUACUAUUUAUAACUUUCAUUAUAUCAAUAUAGUUCAGACAUUGUAAAUUUUGCAUCUUUUGCAAUUUCAUGAGAAGGGAAUCCAAAGGAAUACUUUUUUAGCAAUCUCUCUUUUCUUUUCUUAUAUCUGUCUCUAAUCAUAAUUCAUCUUUGUGUUUGUGAAGUCUUCCCUCAUAAUAUUAUACACCAACGUAUAAAUGUGAAGUUAAGCAAAUCAUCACCGUGCUGCAAGAAUAUAUAUGUUUAAAAGUAUUCUAAUUUUGACUAAUUUGUUAGAAUGUGAACUUCUGAAUUUGUCUUUAAAUUUGUUAGAUGCGUAGAUGACUCUAAAUUUGCUGUUGAAUUUAUUUGUAAAUAGGUGGUUUUAAACUUCUGGUUUUGCAAUUUGUUAUGCAAUUUCUCAUAUGAACAUUACGAUUUGGUUAAGUAAUUUGCUUUUUCUUUCGUUUCUGCUAGGUUUCUUAUUUGAGUAUAGUUCUCAGUUGUGUUGUGUAUUGAUUCUAGAAACUAGGUGUGGGAACUAAAAAUUGUGAUGGAUUGAAUGAUCACUAGCUAUAACAUUUGAAGAAGUAGCUUUCUAUUUAAAUUUAUUUGGCAGUUAUUUUAAUGAAAAUGCAACUAUUUUUAUGUUCUUAAUAUAUAUACAUUUUUUAUACAAGAUAUUUGUCAUUAAGAAUCAAGAGAUACAGAUUUCUAGAUCUCUCCUGUUUGUGCAGAAUUUUUAGUCUUUCAAUAUUAUUAACUAAGUUUUGGUCAUUACUGCAUUUGAUCCUAAUAAUUGCUCAUAUCUUUGUCAUUUGGAAAACAUAAAUGUGAAUUGAAUAGUGUAAGAUCUUGUCCAAUAAGAAAGGAUUUGAGAUGUAGAAAAGAAGCUGGAAGAUUAGUUGCAGGAGUUUAAAAUAAUAUGAAGUCGUCAUUUGUCAAUAAAUGAUCAAUCAACAUUUAUACAGUAAAAUAGUAAACUUUUGUGCUAAUGAACAAUUAAUAUCUUUGUUCACGGCUUCAUAUUCAAAUUGAAGAGCUCGAGAGAAAGCUGAAAGAGCAGGAGUAGAACUCAGAGAACUUGCUUUAACAAAAGGUAUUGAAUUAUUUUUUCUCAAUUUAGCACUUCCUUUUAAUCUAUCACAUGUUUUAUUUUAUAAUUUAAUAGAUUCACGCUAGAAAAGGCAUGUGGAUACAGGCCUCCAAUGAAUAAUGAAGAUAGUACAUAGUUCAUUAACUUAUUUUUUCAUGCCCUUUAAUUCUUAAUGUUGUUUCAGGUCACUUAUUAGUCGAUUAGAAGAAGUAAAUCCUAGGAAGUUGAAACAUGAAAAAAAUCUAGCUUUCUAGAUUAAUGUACACAAUGCUUUGGUGAUGCAUGUAAUAUUAAUAAUUAUCCUCAAAAGAUAAAACCCUUGUUUUCUUGUAAUACUCUUCACACAUUUGUCCUCUUUGAUUUGCUAGUUUAUAAUGUGCUCAUUGGAGCCAUUGGCCAUAAAGCUAUCAAUGUACAUUUGGAUUUUAGAUCAUAAAUU